GUUGCUAGAAGAAUGCAUAAAGAAGAGAAGAGACAUCAGUGACAGUGCAGCAGCAGCAGCAGCCUCCUCCUUCCUCUGUGAGAAAAUGGAGAAAGCUCUAACAAAGGUUGGGAGUUUGAAAGUUGGGAAUUACUGGAUCGCUAAGAAAGCCAAAGAAGAGAUCUCUAACAUUGGCGAAGACAUCUCUACCUUCUCGAAUACAGUUGAGGAGAAAGCAAAAUGGUUAUUCAACAAGCUAAAAGGGAAACCAGCGAAAGCCUUGCCAGAUCUUCUCAAAGAAUACAACCUACCACCAGGCCUCUUCCCCAAGAACAUAACAUGUUAUGAAUUUGAUGAAAUAAAGGGAAAACUGGUUGUUCAUUUAUCCUCCCCUUGUGAAGUACUCUUCAAGGAUUCAUCUCUAAUGAGGUAUGCUACUCGCGUCAAAGCAACACUGGCUAGGGGAAAACUUACAGGGAUUGAAGGAAUGAAAACGAAAGUCCUGGUAUGGGUUAAGGUCACAAGUGUGACUGUUGAAAGUUACAGAUCUGACAAGGUUAUGAUCAUGGCUGGGGUAAAGAAACAAAAAGCUAGAGAUACGUAUGAAAUGCCUCGUGAUUCUGUCAAGGUUGAAGAAUUUUGAGGAAUUUAUUCAGUCAGAUCAGCUGUUGUUGUCAUGCAUCGUGGAGUCAAGACUUAAUCUGUAUGGGUGGGGUUGGAUUUUUCAGUUUACCUAGUGCGAUAAAACUUGGUGAACCAUUAACUCUAGUUGCCCAGGAUUUACACAGAACAUUCUCAAACUCAGGAUUUAACUGCCAACAUCUAAAAAACUUAUAAGGACUAUUAAGCUUAUGUUCUUGGUGAAAACAUUUAAGCAAUAUCGGAAAUGAUUAGAAUAAACUCUACCCAAAUUUGUAACACGAGUAUGAGGAAGAACAUACAAGUACAACCAUUCAUCAUUCAUAAAACCCCUAUCCGGUUUCUCAAAGAUUAAUUCCCCAGGAUUCUUGAACACCAAAUAUAAGGAUUACCAAAAGCAAAAACUUCAUUCGUACGCAUUUCAACUAAAUUAGUUUCAAUGAAAUCUGGCUCCUUGCUUUUCAGAGGAAUGCAAGUUCCUCUAGUAAGCAGUUUCCAUCACCACCUCUCCAUCGAGAGCACUACCACCUCUAAAAGACUGAGAGGAGCAGCAGGAGUUCUUCAUCUGUAUAGUUGCGUUAAGACUUUGAGGAGCAGAUGUUGGUGUUGAGCAAACUUGGUAGCAUUUCUCUGCACGUGGACGGCAUGGACACUACAUUCUCAAUUCAACACAGAAAGAUGUUGUGGAUGUUGGCAUUGGAGGCAGCUUUUUAGGUCCCCUCAUUGUACACACUGCACUUUAGACAGGUUAGCAUGGAGAGAAAUGGCCAGAGUGUGUCAAUUGAUGGUAGUUCUCUCCUUUGGAGGCAGGCAAUAUCACUUUUUUGUUUCAGUACAAGAUUCCUCUGUUGGCUAAAACCGGACCUGGAGGUGAUCGUGGCAGAGGUUCAACUUGACCAGCUGCUACUUCUACUAUUACCGCUGCAUCAAGAGGAGGUCACCUAUUAGUGGCAGAGCUGCACCAAGUACUAGUUCAGGUAAACUAUUAGUGGUGGUGGGGGAGCUUCACCUAGCACGAAUGCUGGAACUGGAACAACCAGAGAAAUAGUGCCAAGGUAAUCCAGUUUCACUUGGAGUAGCUUUGAAGUCAUUUUCUUAUGUUUGCAUGUAACUAAUGUCGGGGCAAUGUUGUAAGACUUAUAAAGAUCAGGGUUGAAUGUAAUGGGGGUUUUAUAA